AUGGGUUAUGAUACAAUGAUGAUGUCGAGUCUUAUUGCAAUUCCGCAAUUCACAAACUACUUCAACCUUACGCCAACUACCAACGGCUUGAUGAACGCAAGUGUGUGGAUAGGAUCUAUAGUUUCUUGUUUCUUGAUGAAAUACAUGGCGGACAACUGGGGACGCAAAAUGACAAUCUUGCUGGCUUCUCUUUUCAGUUUUGUUGGGGUUGCAUUGCAGACAGCGUCCAGUGAUAAUAUGGGCAUGUUCAUUUUUGCCAGAGUUGUUCUUGGAUUUUGCACCCAGUUGACUGGCGCAGCUUCGCCGCUCAUGGUAGCAGAGGUAGCUCCAAAGUCUAUCAGAGGCUUCAUGGUUGGCAUGUAUUUCACCUGCUUCAAUGCUGGUGCCAUUAUUGCAUCAGGAAUAACAUAUAGAACCGCAGAUAUUCAUGGAACGUGGGCAUGGCGACUUCCAUCUCUUUUGCAAGCAGUUCCAAGUGCACUGGCUAUUUUCCUCCUCCUCUUCGUGCCUGAAUCACCAAGAUGGAUGAUCUCCAAAGGAAGGCUUGAGAACGCCACAAAAGUGCUCAAGAUUGGCAAUAAGCUCUCCGAUGAAGAGGCAGAAGUCAUGACUGGAGAAAUCCAGUACACCAUCGAAGAGGAGAAACAAGGUAGUACGGGAGCAUGGUUGACGUUGCUUCGUCCAGCAAGGCCAGAUCAAAGAAGGUUGGUCAUGAUUGUCUCCCUCGCUCUUAUUUCAGAGUUGGGCGGCUCAUCUGUGGGCAGCUACUACCUUACUGUAAUUCUUCGGCAGGCUGGAAUCACAGGAACAGAUAAGCUUUUGCAGAUAAACUUGAUCAGCUCGUGCUGGAACUUUAUAUGUGCUGUUUGCGGUGCUUAUUCUUUUGAUCACUUUGGAAGGAAGAAACAAGCAAUUGGUUCGUUGACUGGUAUGAUUGUCAGUUUUGCUUUGCUUGGAGGGUUCGUGAAAAUGUACGGUGAGAGUACCAAUAGACUGGGUCAGUACGCCACGAUUUUCUUUAUGUUCCUUUUCAAUGGCUUUUACAAUUUUUCCAUCACACCGCUCAACUGCCUCUAUCCUUCGGAGCUAUUCCCUAUGAAGACAAGAGCUGCGGGCACGACAAUCUUCAAGUUCUGCAAUUGUGCUGCUGGACUUUUGGGAACGUUCAUUUUACCAAUUGCCAUGGACAAUAUUGGUUGGAAGUUCUACAUCAUCAAUGCCGGUUACGAUGUGGUUUUUUUGAUUGUCAUUAUUGUUUUCUGGGUCGAAACAAAGGGAUUGAGUUUGGAGGAAAUUGGCAAGUCCUUGGGGGAAAAACCGGUUUUGAUUUUGUCAGACGAUUCGGUAUCUGUGAGGGAGAUCCAAGAAAUCCACGUACCCAAGAAGUAA